AGCAGAGCCGCUUUGUGUGAGAGAGGAGGCGGCGACAGAGGCUGUCCAGCUCAGAGACCUGCCCAAGGCCCCAGACACGACCACCCGGCCAGCAUGGGCAUCCUCGCCACCCUCGCUGCUUUUCUCCUGGCAAUGCUCUGGGCUCAGGACAUCACUUGCUCUGAAGAGGCGGCUCCUAGCUCCCCUGUAUUGCACCUAAGGCAGCAGAAGGCUGGAACGGGAAGGGUUAAGAGGGCCUGGGUGAUCCCACCCAUCAGCGUGUCUGAGAAUCACAAGCGGAUCCCUCACCUUUUGGUGCAGAUUAAAUCAGACAAGCAGCAACCUGGAGGAGUCAUCUACAACCUCAAGGGGCCAGGCGUGGAUGAGGAGCCGCGGGGAGUCUUCUCCAUCGAUAAGCUCAGCGGGAAAGUCUACCUCAACACUAUGCUGGACCGGGAAAAGAACGACCACUUUCGGCUGAAGGCCUUUGCAUUGGACCUGGGGGGAGUGACCCUGGAAGACCCCACUGACUUGGAGAUUGUGGUCAUGGACCAGAAUGACAACCGGCCGCUUUUCCAGCAAGACGUCUUCUCGGCACAUGUGGUGGAAGGAGCUGCCCCAGGUACGUUCGUGUUAAAGGCAGAAGCUACAGAUGCAGAUGACCCGGAGACCGACAACGCAGCACUGAGAUACUCCAUCUUGGAGCCUGCCCUGAACGGCGUCUUCGCAAUGGAUGAGCUCUCUGGGGAGCUCCACACGGCUCAAGUCGAGCUUGACCGGGAGGUAGUUGGCGUUUACAACUUGACCCUCCAAGUGGCGGACAUGUCUGGCGAGGGGCUCACCACGACAGCCAGUGCAGUGAUCUACAUCGACGAUAUCAACGACAACCCCCCUGAAUUCUCUGCAAAGGAGUUCUUCAUGGAGGCCCCUGAGAACAAAGAGGGCGUGGUUGUUGGGCGGCUGAUGGUGCAAGACAAGGACCUUCCUGGCUCUCCUAACUGGCUGGCCAAGUUCACCAUCCUAGAAGGGGACCCCGAGGGAGCUUUUGCCAUCCAGGCAGACCCCCUCACCAACGACGGCAUUGUCUCCCUGGUGAAGGCCCUUGACCACGAGCAACAGGACCAGUUUGAACUGCUUGUCUCCGCCCAGAACCAAAGUCCCCUGGAGCCGUCAGCCCCCAAGGCUGCCCGGGCUUUGGCUACAGUGCGGGUGCGGGUGCUGGAUGCCAAUGAAGCCCCCUUCUUCCGGGAGAACCCCUGGAAGGGGAGGGUGGAUGAAGGUGCGCCCCCCGGCACGGAGAUCACCAUCUACCGUGCAAGUGACCCCGAUACCCACCAGGCGCAAGAACUCAGGUAUUCCCAAGCCUUCAGCCCAGACAACUGGCUGCAAGUCGACCCUGAGUCCGGCAUGGUGCGCACACGCCACACGGUGCCGCCACGGGCAAAGUUCUUGGAGGGAUGGUAUACCACACAGAUCCUGGCCUGUGAUAAUGGAAGCCCCCCCCUCACCGCCACGGGGACCCUCUCGGUCGAGGUGCUGGAAGUCAACGACCACGCGCCGCUCCUGCUGCCGGCGUCGGGCGAGCUGUGCCAGCCGGGGGGCAGCCUGGUGCUGGGCGCCACCGACGAGGAUCUGCCGCCCCACGCCGCCCCCUUCCACUUCGGAUUCAGCGCCAGCGGGACGCAGCUGGCCCACAACUGGAGCCUCACGCCGGCCAACGCCACCCACGCGCUGCUGCGGCGCCGGGGCGAGGCGGCGCCGGCGGGGCUGCACGUGCUGCGGCUGCUGCUGCGCGACUCGGGCCGGCCGCCGCGGGAGCGGGAGCAGCUGCUGAACGUGUCGGUGUGCGCCUGCGGCCGGGGCGGCGCCUGCCGGGCCGGGCCGGCCGCCCUCGAGGGCCCCGCGGCCGGCCUGGGCGCCGCGGCGCUGGCGGUCAUCCUGAGCAGCGCCGCCCUGCUCCUGCUGCUGGCGCUGCUGGUGGCCGCCGUGGAGCCGUGGCGGCGCCGCCGGGCGCUGGGCCGGGCGCUGCUGGGCGGCUGGCGGGACGACGUGCGCGACAACGUGCUCAACUACGACGAGCAGGGCGGCGGCGAGGAGGACCAGGACGCCUACGACCUCAGCCAGCUGCGCCGCCCGGAGCUCCUCGCGGCCCGGCCGCCCCUCCGCCCCGAGCCGCCCGCCGCCUUCGGCCCGCGCCCGCGCCGCGCCCCCGCCGGCCCCUCCGACAUCGAGGACUUCAUCCGCGAGGGGCUGGCGGCAGCAGAUGCGGACCCUGGCGUGCCUCCCUACGACACAGCCCUCAUCUACGACUACGAGGGGGACGGCUCGGCUGGUGGGUCCCUCAGCUCCAUUCUUUCCAGCUCAGCGGAUGAGGAUCAGGAUUACGACUACCUCAAUGAGUGGGGGCCACGCUUCCGGCGCCUGGCGGAGCUCUAUGGCCAAUAAGGAGAAGGCACAGGGAUUGGAGGGAGGGGACGAGAUGGAGCCAGGUGCGCCAAGACACAGUGUGGGCCUCCUGGCAGCCGUGGAAAGACCUGGGACUUCCUCAAGAACCCUUCACAGACUGCAGGGAUCAUCUUUCCCCUGGGAUCUAGGCUGGGGGGAGGGACCAUUACUCCUCCCUGAGCAGCAACAGCCUCCCACCCUUCCGGGGGAGGCAGCAUUUGGCACACCUGAAGCAGAACUCCCUGGGAGUCAGGCCCACUGCCUGGAAGAAAAGCCUGACACCCGGGGGUGGGCCCUGGAGAAUGCUUUGCAAGAAGAGCUGAGCACCACCUCCCCGCAGGACUGGAAACUGGGCGGGGGGGGGGGCACUCCUCCCAUCGUGCCAGAAGAAAGGAAGGGCAUGAAGGAACUGAUGGCAGAUGAAUCGGGACAGAUCCUGGCACUGAAGGGAAACCAGGGGGGAAACAGCAGAAAGGCCAGGAGAGGGUAGUUGGGCAAAGUUGAAGGACUUUAAAUCAAAGGGGAACCAGCCAAGGCAGAUACUGGGGAGCUACGUCACAGGGAGCGUGUGCCCCUUUCUGCCCUCGCCAAGUGACCAUCUGGCACAGGCAUGAAGUUGCCCUGUGCACAGAAUACCCGGCCCAAAGACGGCACCUGGCUCCUUCCCCGCUGCCCGCCAUGACAGCCCCAGGCCCUGUUCUCAUGGGAGGAGGGGGCUCUCGGUGCCAGCCACUGCACGGAAGGUGCUGGGCUUUUGCUGCGAGACUGGUGA